GGCUUCCCCGGCGGAACGAGCGUAGCGGCCGGCGCACGAUGCGGGCCGUGCUGAUGGUGGCCGAGAAGCCGUCCCUGGCGCAGUCCAUCGCCAGGAUCCUGUCGAGAGGAAACAUGACCUCCCGCAAAGGACUGAACGGCGCCUGCUCGGUGCACGAGUACGGCGGGGCCUUCGCUGGGCAGAGCGCCCAUUUCAAGAUGACAUCCGUGUGCGGCCACGUGAUGACGCUGGACUUCAUAGGCAAAUAUAACAACUGGGACAAAGUGGAUCCAGCAGAACUUUUUAGCAAAGCGCCAACAGAAAAGAAAGAAGCUAAUCCCAAAUUGACUAUGGUGAAAUUUUUACAGGUGGAAGGAAGAGGCUGUGACUACAUUGUGUUGUGGCUGGAUUGUGAUAAGGAAGGGGAAAACAUCUGCUUUGAGGUUCUUGAUGCUGUUCUUCCUGUUAUGAAUAAACCUCGUGGCUCUGAAAGGACAGUUUACCGAGCUAAGUUCAGUUCCAUUACUGACACAGACAUCUGCAAUGCCAUGAACCAUUUGGGAGAACCCAAUCGCAAUGAGGCCCUGUCAGUUGAUGCCCGCCAGGAGUUAGAUCUGAGAAUUGGCUGUGCAUUUACAAGAUUUCAGACUAAAUAUUUUCAGGGGAAAUAUGGCAAUUUGGACAGCUCCCUCAUCUCCUUUGGGCCAUGUCAGACCCCCACACUUGGAUUCUGUGUUGAAAGGCAUGAUAAAAUCCAGUCCUUUAAACCUGAACCUUACUGGGUGCUGCAAGCCAAGGUGAACCAUGAAAAAGAAAGCUCUCUUACUCUGGAGUGGGAUAGAGUGAGGGUAUUUGAUCGAGAGAUAGCCCAGAUGUUCCUUAACAUAACAAAGGUAGCAAAAGAGGCAAAGGUAGAAUCUGUGAGUAAGAAGGAGAAAGUGAAGCAGAGACCUCUGGCACUGAACACAGUAGAAAUGCUGCGAGUUGCCAGUUCUGCUUUGGGAAUGGGUCCACAGCAUGCCAUGCAAAUAGCAGAACGACUUUAUACCCAAGGGUAUAUUAGCUACCCUCGAACAGAAACUACUCACUAUCCGGAGAACUUUGACUUGAAAGGAGCUUUGAGACAACAAGCCAAUAAUCCGUACUGGGCAGAAACAGUAAAAGCAUUGCUAUCGGAAGGUAUUAAUCGUCCAAGGAAAGGUCAUGAUGCAGGGGACCAUCCUCCAAUAACUCCAAUGAGAGCUGCAUCAGAAGCAGAGUUAGGUGGAGAUGGAUGGCGAUUAUAUGAAUAUAUUGCUAGGCAUUUCAUUGCUACUGUCAGCACUGACUGCAAAUACCUCCAGACCACCAUAUCUUUUAGUAUUGGUCCUGAACAUUUUACAUGUAUAGGAAAAAUGGUUACUUCACCUGGGUUCACAGAGAUUAUGCCAUGGCACAGCAUCCCCUUGGAGGAGAGCCUACCCAGCUGUGAGAGAGGAGAUAUUUUCCCAAUCAGUGAGAUAAAACUGCUGGAGAAACAGACUAAUCCACCUGAUUACCUGACUGAAGCAGAACUCAUCACGCUGAUGGAAAAACAUGGCAUUGGAACUGAUGCAAGUAUUCCAGUCCACAUUAACAACAUUUGCCAGCGAAACUAUGUCACAGUGGAGAGUGGCCGCAGACUAAAACCUACAAACCUCGGCAUCGUUCUGGUUCACGGGUACUACAAAAUAGAUGCAGAACUGGUGCUUCCUACGAUCCGCAGUGCAGUUGAGAAGCAGCUCAAUUUGAUAUCUUUGGGCAAAGCCAAUUACCACCAGGUCCUGGAGCAUACCCUUGAUAUCUUCAAAAGGAAGUUUCACUAUUUUGUUGAUUCUAUUGCAGGUAUGGAUGAAUUGAUGGAAGUGUCUUUCUCGCCAUUAGCCGACACAGGCAAACCUCUCUCCCGUUGUGGCAAAUGCCAUCGUUUUAUGAAGUACAUCCAAGCCAAGCCAAGUCGUUUGCACUGUUCUCACUGUGAUGAAACAUACAGCCUUCCGCAGAAUGGUACUAUCAAGCUCUACAAAGAGUUACGUUGUCCCCUAGAUGACUUUGAGCUGGUGCUGUGGUCUUCUGGAUCCAGAGGAAAAAGUUACCCACUCUGUCCAUACUGUUACAACCAUCCCCCCUUCAGGGACAUGAAAAAAGGAAUGGGCUGUAACGAAUGCACUCACCCCACAUGCCAGCACUCGCUGAGCAUGCUAGGAAUUGGGCAGUGUGUGGAGUGUGAGAAUGGGGUUCUGGUGCUGGACCCAACUUCAGGUCCCAAGUGGAAGAUGGCCUGCAAUAAAUGCAAUGUGGUUGUGCAUUUCUUUGAGAAUGCCCACAAAGUCCGAGUAUCACCAGAGACCUGUGAGGUGUGCGAUGCAGCUCUUGUGGAUGUGGAUUUUAAUAAAGCCAAGUCUCCUCUUCCUGGGGAUGAGACACAGCAUUCAGGCUGUGUAUUCUGUGACCCUGUGUUUCAAGAUCUGGUGGAGCUGAAGCAUGCAGCCAUGAGGCACCCUAUGCACCGUGGAGGCCAGGGGAAAAGGCAGGGUCGAGGAAGAGGGAAGGGCAGAAAGCUUGGAGGGAGACCCAAUCCAAAGAAACCCAAGGACAAGAUGGCAGCCCUAGCUGCUUACUUUGUAUGAUUCCCACAAUAUUGAAUGAAAAAUAAACCCUGUUGUUAAAGUUGG